ACAUGUUGGUCCGUUGUGUUGGUAGCACUGACUGUAUCCGCCUCCUCAGUCGCAAUAGCACAGUCGCUCACACCGCGCGAGUGAGGUAGCAUUGUUGUCAGUGUACUGUUGUGAGAAGUGUUGUGAUAGCGCGGCGUGCCCUGUCCAGUACAUGGGCAGCAAAACUACGCAGCCCGCUGGUCCCAAGAUUAAGAAAGAGACUUCUGAUGAAGAAAUUAAGGAGUACGCAGAGACUGCAAUGAAUGAACUGUUGGGCUGGUACGGCUACGAAAAGGUUGACAGUCGCGAUACUCAAGGCCUCAACCUGCACCACUUCGCCUCCAGGUCGCCUCCCUCGGCCCACGGGGGGAGUGACACGUCCUCUGAUGGGGAGAGACCCCGUAGCAGCAGCCCUAGACACUCACCCGGCUCCCCUGCCUCUCCUCCUCCAGUUGCAGUUCCCCCGGGAUGUCUCUCCUGUGCCUGGUGUCGCAAGGUGGGUCAAGCCAAGCAGUUCACAUUCAAGACCUCAACACCUCGGGGCUCCAAGGCGUUCUGUUCUGAGGUGUGCUUCACACAGUGUCGGAGAGCGAGCUUCAAGCGCAACAAGACCUGUGAUUGGUGCCGACACACCAGGCACACUGUCAACUAUGUCGACUUCCAGGACGGCGAUCAUCAGCUGCAAUUUUGCAGUGACAAGUGUUUGAACCAGUACAAGAUGAACAUCUUCUGCAAGGAGACACAGGCUCAUCUCCAGCUUCAUCCACAUCUGAAGGAGGCAGCGGGGGCGUCUGCGGGGGUAUCUGCAGGACCUGUGGCGGGGCACACAGCCCCGUCAGGCUCAACACUCAUAACUCCCGAGCUGUGGAUGAGAGACUGUCGCUCCGAGUCCCCUACUUCCGACAAGUCUCGGUCACCUGAGAGAAUACCUUCCCCUAUCAUAGAGAUAACCACCCCAGUCAAGCCCUCACCUCCCCCAUCACCUUGUCAAGACGAUGACGACCUCAAACCUACAAACCUUACAGUGUCACCUAAACCUUUACCAAUCCCACCACCCUUACACAAAGUGUCCAAAAAAGAAAGUAGUUUCAAGGCGAGGAAAGUUCGAAGUAAGAGAUUAAAAGUUUCUGCUCCGAUAGUUACGCCACAGGCGGAAAUCAGUGCGAAUUCCUCAUCUCCGAGAAGUACUAAUAGCGGUUCUCCUCCCAAAAAUCCACCUCCCAUGGUGCCUCCUAUGCAUCCUUACCCACUGCCUAACCCUCUUCUACCCCCUGAUCAUCCGUUGCAUAGACCUCCAUUUCUCAACCCAGGAUUUUUCCCUCCACCCCACGUUCUUGCUGAGUUAGCUUCUAGGUUUCCUCUUCCGAGGCCACAAAUCCGAAAGCCUCAUCCAAAUAGCAAUCUUCCACCUUUGCUUCCCCUCAACAGGAAUGUACAGUUUCCCCCACCGUUGAAUUUCCCCCCUAACCAUCAACCACCUCCGCCUAUUGCACCGUCCCUUCUUCCACCCCCUACUCUUAUGGUUCCUUACCCUGUACUCAUUCCAAUUCCUAUCCCCAUUCCCAUACCUAUUCCUAUUCCAGCUAAUUUCAAACUAAAAGAGGAGAAAAGUACAACAGAAAGGUCAGAACCAACACCAGCAGUUGCACCUGUAAACAUCAAAUUAGAAGCAGAAAGUCCACCUCCGCAACAGGAGACGGGCAUGAACUUGUCCAUGUCACAACCUCCUAGAAAACGGAAAAGACCUGAAAUUCCAUCAGAAGAGGAACUUGUUCCCAAACAAAAAAUUGUUCCUGCCUGACGUCUAUGGUAGGCUGUUAUUUACUGUCCUAUACAUUAUUGCAUCAAAUGAAUGUACCAGUAUUUUCUGACACAAAUUAAUCUAAAGAUUCUAAACACUCUGUUGAUAUAAAUAAUAAGCUGAUAGCCUAAGUAAACAAUUGGUAAAUUAAAGUUUUUUUUCUAUAAAAACCACCUUUCUGUACUACAGUACUUUCACACUAAGAAUUUACUUUUGAACAUUAAAUAUCAGCUAAGGUAUACACAGUGAAAUCAUUGACUAUUGGAUUGGAUAGGCCUACUAUUGGAUACUAUAGUCAAAGGUGAAACGGUAUUUUUGUAAAUGAAUGUGGUAAACUCAUCUACUUCAAGCAUUUAAUAUUUUUUUUUGUUUUAUUUUUGUUGCAUUGUUGAAUUUUAAUUUCUUUUUUAAAUUUGAAAUUUAAAGUUAAAAAAGGGUAUUUAACAAUACUUAUUACUUAUUUCACCAAAAACUUCUAAUCGAAUUUAUAUAGUUUAUCCUGGAUUAAUUGAAACUUUAAUUGUGUCAGUAAAUAAAAAAUAACAAUACUAGUGAUCUUUUAUUUUAAAUCACGCUAUCAGAAUCAUGUUCAUGAUGUUUCCCAUAGAAUAGUAAUUUUUUUAAUAGGAAUUGUUAAAGUUACAUUAAAUUUAAUAUAUGUAAAAUAUUUGUCAUAAAAACCUCUUAGCUACAAUAGUUUUCAAUUGACCACAGUAUUAUUUUGAAUAGGUAAUGAAUUUUCUCUUUUUGCCAGUUUUGUAACAUGUUUAGUUUUUGAAAUCUAGUCGUCCAUUGAAUUGAUUUUUCUCCAAACAUAAUAUUCUGAAAAUAGUUAAGAUAAUGUUCGAGUUUCAUGAAAGUGCUAAAUUAGCUGUGAUGAGAGGGAAUGGAAUACAAAGAUUCCUUUAACAUCCUUUAAAAACAUACAACUGAUUAUAAUUAAACUAUUUUAAAUUUUGUGUUUAAAAAAAUUUAUAUUCCUUCAAAUUAUUUAAAUUGGUGCGAAUCACACAAAACACUGAGAUGGAUUAAACAAUUGUACUCAUGAAAGUGUAAAAUAUAUGUAAAACUUGUAAGUAAUAUGUAUGUAAUUUUUUCAAAAAUAUUUCUAUUCUGUGGACAAGUUGAAGUAAAGAAAAUAAUUGAAGCGUAUAGUAAAGAAAUACCAAGCACAAAAAGUUAUUAUGAAUAAAAUACAUAUAUUAUGUUGCAAUUUAUUUCUUUUGUAAACUUUCCCCCUGUUGUAUACUACUAAGCUCUUAUGAUGUUUUACAAUUUGAGUUCUGUUGACUACCAGGAUUGUGCUGUCUCAUCUAUGUUUCUAUGUCAAUGUUUUAGAUUAGUUUUGCUUAUGUACCUGAUUGCUAGGUUUACUAGACUUUAUUACAACCUUUUUAUUAUUGUGUUUAU